AUGUCCUUCUUCAAAGGUGUAAAGAAAGCAUGCCGACGCUUUUUGCAAGGAGCUAGCGAAUCCAAUGAAACUAUCAACGAAUCUUCAAAACGAUGGAAUAAGAAAUCUAAUUCUUCUCGGAGUCCUUCGUCUUCAUCGGAGCGUACCACUCAGCAGCGACGGGAAGACGCUCUUCGGGAAAGAGGUUUAUUCCCUCCGCUUCAACUGACGACUAGUCUGCGUAGUCGGGAACCGCAGUGGGAUAAGCAGACACUUGUUGAAGCGAAUACAGGAGAGGAAAGCUCUCAGAGCCUUUGGGACGAUAAGCUAUCGCACGAAGAUGAAGCACGACCAACAACACAGAAUGUACUUGAUUGGCUCUCCGAAAUGGAUGCGCAUCGAGGCUACAUUGGAGAUGAGGGUUGCAGCGGUGCAGAAAGUUCGGAUAUACCCGCAGAUAUUGCCGCCUCGCCACUUCUGGAGUAUCAGACCCCAAAUAUUAGUCGCCACCCUAUGCAUUCAGGCGAGCAUCGGAACGACGUAGAGUCUUCAACAUUGUCACCGACUUCCUCGCCGUCACAUUCAGAGUGCUCAUCUCUGACCUGCGCCACGGAUUCUUCUUCAGUCCGCAAGAAGAGAUAUACAGAACAACUUCGAAUCGACAUCCCGUCUACACUUAUAUUGAGACCGGUACUCAAUAUCACCAUUCAUAGUCACGGCACUAUUAUGAUGGAGGCCAGUCACAUUGAGGAUGACGAGAGUAGGAGGCUAACAGAAGUUGCGUACUUGGCAUGAUUCGAACAUUGAUGAUUAUGACCACAUAACGACUGUUCAUGCUGUUUGUAACGGAUAUUUUUUCACUUUAUAAAUCCUGCACUUU